AUGACCUUUUUUUUAGAGGGCACAGCACACUUGAAAUACGUGAAAGACUCAAUGUAUCAAGCAACUGUCGCUAUUAGUGAAUUCUUACAACAAAUAACACCAAGUCUUGUUGUGUUAAAUGUCACACAAAAUGAACUCACAGUUCAAGUGUACAAUUUGAAUCGACCAGUUGAUUUGAUCCAAACAAAUGACGCCACGUACACCAAAAAUAUGGAUGACACUUUUACUAUAAAUCGUCCUUUUGAUUCCACCAAUCUCAAAAUAAUAUCCAUCGAUUUUUCAAAGUUGGCGAUGCCAAAAGUGAUAGAAAGAGUUGGGUACAUCGCAACAGCUACAACAGCUUUUCAACACUUCAAUAUGACAAAAUGUUUGUUUGUUGGAGGAGAUGUGAUUUAUUCAGAAGAGCAUCCAGUUAUGAAUCCAAUGAUGAUAUGGUACCUCUACAAAGUGAAUAGUAAAAACGAGUCUGAAGCUAUUGACCCAAUUAAGCCACAGAUAGUAACUAAAGAUGGUGAUGGAACCAACAUGUUUGGGAUGAUUUACAGCUCUGCGUUCUUUAUGUCACAAGACUUCAAACAAAUGAAGGUGAAUUUUGAAGUAAACUUUACUCUUGAUAUUGUGGAUAUCAAACUUUUGUUGAUAACAGAUGUAGAAAAAGCUGCCAAUGAAGAUGGAAUCGUUCUUAUUAAAAAUAACAUGACGUAUAAGUACACACAAGUGAAUAACACAGUUGCUCUUUUUGUUGCUAUGGAUAAAAGUUGUAAAGAAUUUUCAAACGCUAUAGCAAUCAGUUAUAGAAGUGCUCCUGGAGAUGUUCUAAAAAUUAAAGAUUCUUCUUUCGACUAUACGAAGAACUUCUAA